AUGGUUCUGUUAUUCCAAGACGAACCAGAUGAAGCCGUUGAACCUUGUCAACCUGUCAAAAAAAGAUCUGUUUUUGGAGAUGAACCUGAAGAAGUCUCACAAAAAAGGUCAGCCAAGGUGAGCAAGACCUUGCAGGCGUCAGUCCCCUCACUGUUUGGGGCUGAGCCAGCAGAGACCGGUGGGCCUCAUGGUUCUGCUUCAGCAAACAGCUCUUUGCGGCGGCCUCAAACAGUUCAUGUUGACUGGACAACUAUGCAGUUGUUUGCGAAUGCAACAUUUCUGAAGAAGACUGUGGAGUUGACUAAGUCAACGCCGUCAAAGAGGCCAUAUGACAACACCAAGCGCUCUCAAAAUGCUGCUCCGGCUGAGAAGACUAGCUACAAGGACAUAGCUUUGAAUCCUGCUAGACUGAAAGAUCUGAAGGCUCAACCACGUUGCAAAUGUGCUUUGAAAACUUGCUUCGAACGAUCCGAUUCAGUGGAUUCGGUCAAAUUCCUGCGUGAACUGUGGAACCUUGAGAAAUCUGAGCAAGAUAGUUUCGAUGCUAGGCUUUAA